GCCUCUGUGGGUCUCUCAGGCUCCUCGGAGCGGCCCCACGGCACCGCGGGUGCUGGCGGCCGCCGCCAUCUUCCUCUCCUCCGGCUCCUCCUCGCUCAGCGGGGGUUGGGGGUGAAAAGGCGCUAUCAAAAUCCUUCUCUGAGACCGCACCUAUUAAAAGACUGGGCCAACGUCUAUGGACACUGUCCAGGUUACUAUGGAUACUACCAUGGAAGAGACAUGGUCCCUGUCUUGGAGGAACCCACCUUCUGGUAGAGAUACCAGAGAAUAGAGACAUGAUUUGGAUGCAAUACUAUGGGUGCAAAAAUUAAGUACUGAAGGACACAAUGUAUAUGAAGCUGGCCCGUGUUCUCCUCAUUACUACACUUCAGGUGUGGAGCUAAGUGAUUGAAUCAAACGUAUCGAGACACAAAAAGAGAGGCGACCCCUGGACCAGCGCGAGGGACCCACCCGCACCAUGACCGAGACCACCAAGACCCACGUUAUCUUGCUCGCCUGCGGCAGCUUCAAUCCCAUCACCAAAGGGCACAUUCAGAUGUUCGAAAGAGCCAGAGAUUAUCUACACAAAACUGGAAGGUUUAUUGUCAUUGGUGGGAUUGUGUCUCCUGUCCAUGACUCCUAUGGAAAACAGGGCCUUGUGUCGAGCCGGCACCGUCUCAUCAUGUGUCAGCUGGCCGUCCAGAAUUCCGACUGGAUCAGGGUGGACCCAUGGGAGUGCUAUCAGGACACCUGGCAGACAACCUGCAGCGUCCUCGAACACCAUCGGGACCUCAUGAAGCGGGUGACUGGCUGCAUCCUCUCCAAUGUCAACACACCCUCCAUGACGCCUGUGAUUGGACAGCCCCAAAAUGAGACCUCCCAGCCCAUUUACCAGAACAGCAAUGUGCCCACCAAGCCCACUGCAGCCAAGAUCCUGGGAAAGGUGGGAGAAAGCCUAAGCCGGAUCUGCUGUGUCCGCCCACCGGUGGAGCGCUUCACCUUUGUGGAUGAGAAUGCCAAUCUGGGCACAGUGAUGCGGUACGAGGAGAUUGAGCUGCGGAUCUUGCUGCUGUGUGGCAGUGACCUUCUGGAGUCUUUCUGCAUCCCAGGGCUCUGGAAUGAGGCAGAUAUGGAGGUGAUUGUCGGGGACUUUGGGAUCGUGGUGGUCCCCCGGGACGCAGCCGACACAGACCGAAUCAUGAAUCACUCCUCAAUACUCCGCAAAUACAAAAACAACAUCAUGGUGGUAAAGGAUGACAUCAACCAUCCCAUGUCUGUCAUCAGCUCAACCAAGAGCAGGUUGGCCCUGCAGCAUGGGGACGGCCAUGUCGUGGAUUACCUGUCCCAGCCGGUCAUCGACUACAUUCUGAAGAGCCAGCUGUACAUCAACACCUCGGGCUAGCAGCCCCAGGGCCCUCUGCUCCAGUCUCCCCUCGUCCUCCACCAACACACUGGCCCCUGCAGCCUCUGUCCGUCCCAUUUCUCUCCUGCCUCUCUGUUCCUCCAUCUCAUCUUGACUGUUGUCCCCACUUGCUGACUCAACCCCCCCACAGUGUGGAGGACCUGCAGAGAACCACGGCAUACCCCACUCCGCAGUCAUCUUCGGACAAACUUUCCUCUAGUCUCCGGGUUGGGGGUGGGUGAGGGGGUAGGGAUAGGGGAAGUGCGGUCCUCGGAGAUGCGCGGGUGUCCGUCUCCCAGCAUGCUCUGGGGAGGUGGCUCCGGCCCUCGCCUUCCCAGCAUGCCCUUUACCACAAAGGGCUAUUUUUCUUUCUUUCUUUCUUUUCUUUCGUUUUUUUAUGUUUUGUGUCGUUGUUGUUCACUCCUCAGAGAACUUGGAUCCAAUCAGUGUCCGUGGUUCUUUAUGUUUGUAGUCUUGUUGCAUUCCUGUGGUAUUCCUUCCAUUUUGAUAGGAUACCGCAGCCAGCCUCAGCUCUCAGAAGGUGCGUGUGGGCUACACCCGGUGAACGAGGCCGAGCCACCUCCACUUUCCCAACACCCUCACCCACCUACCCGCUUUCUCCCCUCUGCUGCCCACACACACCGCAGUCUGGGGUCGAGAUUGAGACAUUCAUGUUCUGAAACCUGGGAUGCAAGUCUGGGAAUAGUAGGGUUUCUCAGAAGGAUUUCAGCCCAUUUCCCUAGUUUCAGAAGACCACGUUCCUGAUGGGCCUGUGAUCACACAGAGCCAGUCCCUUCUUUCUUGGUGGCAUCUGUGCGGUUCCUUAUUUGGGCUGUAACUUGUGACAGAAUGUGGGUUGUUCUCUGCCAGCCCGGGCAUUACCAAGGGACCUUCAGAUCACCAUCAAAGCCCUUGGAGGCCAUACUUAGCCGCAUUCUUGCAUUUGAGAAGAAUUACGCAUUCUUGCAUUUGAGAAGAAUUACCUACCAAGGCCAAAUCCUAAUAAUGCAGUCAUUUCUGAAAUAAAAUAUGCUAGGAAUUCACUCAACCAUAGAGAUCUUUGCUCACUGGAAUUACUUAUUGCCUGUUUGGCUGGGAAAUGCUUCUGUCAUAAUGUAAGUCCAGGAUGACCUAGGAGAAAGCAGUCAGUUUCCCUGAUGGGAACCGGUGAUUCUCACCCACUCUAGCUUGGUAACACAGGCGGCGCCUGAGGUUAGUUCCUUUUAGAGAAGCAGAGCCUCAGCCUUGUUCCUGGGUUAGGAUUACAUCUUGUGCUGAGCCCAGCAGCCACAGUCAUCGCCUCCUGGUGAGCGUGGGCUCCCAGAACAGAGAUCUCGGGGGAGUGUCAAGAGCCGCUAAAGUGUUUCACCCCUUUUCUCCCUAAUUUCCCACCUUCCUCUGCUGCCCUGGAAAUAGUUUUGACAGACUCUGUUCUAGUUGUUCAGGCCUCGUUCAUGACCUGCUUAAAGAACCAAAAGGAAAUUACCGUCUUGUACUCUGUGUCCCUCAUCUAGUCUCUGGCUCUUGGGUUUUUGGUUCUUUGAGGAAUGGUCCCUGAACGGUAGGAUAAUUUUUUCAAAAUCUAGUACCAACCCUGGCCCAGAAGGGGCCAGGUAGGAUCUGACACCAGAAACAAUGUUCUUCACCACACAUUUCACAUCUGUAACAUCCUUCAAUAGCCUCCAGGGAAAGAAACUAAAUUCAACAGAAGAAUAGCAAGGUGGGGUGGGGGAGGUGCUGUUCCUCUUGCAUUAUGGAAAUAAUCUCCAAAGGACAGAAGUGAGAUCCUAUUCUCAGGUCUCAGUGUUUGGAUAAGGAUCAUGGAAUCAUAAACUGGAAAGAUCUUUAGAGAUUUGAUGAUCCAACCUUUCCUUUAAAGGAUGAGGGAGCAGAGAUCCACUGGAUUAAAUGGCUGGUCCAAGGUCACACAGCAAGUGUAGAGUCUGGCAAAAGGCUAGCGUCUCCCUGACCCCUUAGGUCAUCACACCACAUAGUCUCUGAUCCUCUGGUUUCCCAUGAUACUGACCAGGUAAGAUGUAGUUUUCAGCCUUUACCUGGCGUCUUUCUCUUAUGUUUGUCUCAGGUGCUCCCUGUAUAUGGCCUUGUGUUUGCUAGUCCUGGGGGAGGGUGUGAUGGUGAGGAAGGCCGUAGCUAGGUUUCCCUUAGAAACUGAUAGCUGGAGAUGGCAAUGGCUUAGAGGAAAUCUGAAUCCAAGAAAGGAUUGCUUUGUGGAAGACAAAGACCCUGAAAGUGCUCAAGAUUGCAUUAGUGCUGGAGAGAGAGUGACAGAAGUAUCUUUGUCUAGGCAAGACAGUUGCAAGCCAGGAAACGAAACAAAGGAAAUCAGGGAGCUGGAUUCCCUGGGGGAACACGCAUUUUCAAGGAUAUGGAGUUUAUGGAUAGAGUUUAUUCUGAAGAUCCACGUGAGCAGAUCUGAGAAAGACCAGCUGUCUUUUGUCUCUUUGGCCCACUUUUCCUUUGCUGGGCUCUGUGGUCAAGCCCCAUUUAGUCCACGACCCAUGAGAGGAAACAGGGCUGGCUCUCGGCAUUCAGUGGGGGAGGGGGGGAGGGGGAGGCAGAAGGCAUGCUUGUAGGGAGAGUGAGAUGAGCUGAAGAAAAGAAUGCGAGCAUAGAAGUAGAUUUCUAGGAAUGAAAUGGGGCAGAUUCUAUCUUGAUGAAUCAUAAGGAUCAUGUUAAAAUAGCUUUUCUUUAAUACCAGGAAAAGUGACUCCCCUUUUGGAUGGAAUUGUCCAUUUCCUGCCCUGCCCCAUUCUUCACUUGCUAGGGGGAGGUCAGAGCCCCUCUCUCAGUCCAGGGCAGGACACGAUGACUGUGACCCAGCCAAGGCCAACACCAGAGAGAUGAUUCAGAGUUUGAAGUAGUGCCCCAGGUGCCAACAGGAUGACCUCGAGACCCCAACUGCCACUCGGGUCCUGCUCCUUCCCAAAAAGGCCAACCCAAAGGCUCAGAGAUCGUGAGAAGGGCACAGGCUAGAAAGAUUGUGUCAAGAGGAGUCUGGAGCCUCAUUUCCUGCCUACCAAUAAAAAUGUCCCUCCCACUUUUAUGAAAGUGGCUGAUAAGUAAGAACAGGCAGGAGGGAAACCCUUUGUGUCAAUGACUCUCUUCUCAAGGAAUGGCCCUUUGGGGGCAGGGGUCUGUGCUGCUAGCUGGUACCUCAUUUGCCAACCCCCUUCCCUAACCCCAGGCAGCCUCUGGGGCCAUCUUGCUUUCACUUUCCUUGAAUAUACAUGGGAACAGGGGAGGAAAGUCUCUUACUGAAGUGCCUGAAACCCAGAACUAGAGCUUCUAGAGACGCUGUUCUUCCUGUCCCGGCUUGGCCAACCUUCCCCCAACGUUCCCUAGUCUCAUGCUUCAGCUUCUCAGAAGGAAUAAAAGAACAUGAUGUUGUAAUUAAAUUGAAAGCAAGACUCCAUAACCAAACUACAGCAAAAGGCAGAGAAUUACAGGGAGAAAUGACUUGUAUUUUAAUAGCCCAAAUCUAUUCCCCCAAACAGACUCUCUCUCUCUCUCUCUCUCUCUCUCUAGAGGACUAAGAGAGAGAAGCAUGUUAUAUUUUAUUCAUCAAAAGAGUAAUGCAAAAAUAAAUCAGUAGAAUAUGAAAAGCUCAGGAUCUCUCCCAAGGCUACGGCAGGAAAGCGGGCAGGUGAGAUGGGAAGGAUGGAAACAGGGAUCGAUUUUGUAGUUCAUCCAAUUUGGACACCUUAGGAAUAGCAUCGUGGUAAAGAUGAUGAACGUGCUCUGUCCACUUCAUUUGGUCUGCGCCUUCCUAUAGCUGCCCAGUAAACGCGAUUCUUCACGUGGUUUCUUUGUUGUGUAUGUUUGGAAUGUCCUAUUAGCCUGUAACAGUCAGUUAGGAAUGAGUUACACUCUUUCCCUCCGCCUUCAGUCUAGGUCUGGGGCCCAGACCUCAGCUUGAUCCAAGCAGUCUCAAGGAUUGGCAUGGGGAGGGGGAAGCUUUUUUGAAUCACUUUUUGGUCCCUGAAUCUGCCAUUUUGAGAAUAAGAUUUGCUUUGGAAAUCAACACAUUAAUAAAAACUACAUUCAAGUUGCAACACCAUCUCACAGUGAAAUAUUUUGAGUAAAAUUUUGUUGCUAGAAUAGUCACAGACAAAAGUUUUAUCGGCAAAAUGUUUCAAUUACGUUAAUAAAUAAAAUGAUGCUACUA